UUGACAUUCCCCUCUUCGGACUGGACUACGAUCAGCUCAAAAUCCAAACACUCGUCUCAAAAUUUUUAGACAAAACUAUAUUAAAGAGCCUCUGAUAUGUUACAAAAUUCGAAUUAAAAACAGAAAUACAGGGGACGUUCUCUCUACAGCGUCUAGCCUCGGGCGAUGAAUACGAUUGGGGCGAAACCUGUGAAUUCCUUUCUUUACGGUGUCUAAACAACUUACCUGGUGCGUUGGACUCGUUUCAGACAUAUUUUUCCGUUGCUGUGAUAAUACCUUGAUGCUUCGAACUUUUAGUGAUUUCUUUGUGUUUAUUCGCAUUUAGCUAUUUAAGGUAGCAAUGCUUCUAAAAAUAUUUACUCUCUUGCUUGCCUCUGUUUUUUCUGUUUCCGGCCAAUUUCAAGAUACCUAUCCCCAAUUUGCAAGUGAUCUGCGUAGACAUCACCUUAAACAUGAACCGACUUAUUUUGUUAUGGCCUCUAAAAUGGUACGUCCAGGACAAGUCUACAGAGUUUACGUCAACGUCUAUCAGACGAUGUUUCCUAUAACUGUCAGAGCUUCUAUCCAGCGUGAUGGGGUCGAACUUGCAACAGCGCUUCAGGAAGUGAAGCAGAACAUUCCAGAAACACUCUUAUUAAAAGUUCCUACAUCUAGUGUGCCAGGGGAGUACAAUCUGCGUGUGGAAGGAAACGUGAACGGAGUCCUUGGCGGCACAGCGUUCAUCAAUGAAACCAAACUCACGUUUUCGCAGAGAUCGAUGACUAUAUUUGUGCAGACAGACAAGCCUGUUUACAAACAAGGCCAAAUAGUUCGCUUCAGAGCUCUUCCUAUUACUACAGGCUUGAAAGCAUUUCCGGAUGCUGUAGAUCUAUAUAUGUUAGAUCCAAGACGAACGAUUGUAAAGCGAUGGUUAUCAAGACAAACUAAUUUGGGUGCCGUUAGUCUGGAAUAUCCUUUGUCUCAGCAACCUGUUUAUGGAAAAUGGACAUUACAAGUAGUCGCUCAGGGACAAAUUGAAGAGCAUAAUUUCCUAGUAGAAGAAUAUUAUCAAACUCGAUUUGAAGUCAAUGUGACGAUGCCAACGUUUUUUACCGAUAAGGAACCAUAUGUAUAUGGCACAAUACAAGCCAAUUACACAAGUGGCGUUCCAGUCAAAGGAAACUUAACAGUAAUCGCAUCAAUAGAACCCCAUAGAAUGAACAACAGGGUACCUGCUUCUAAAAUUGAAAAAUUUUAUGCUAUUUUUGACGGAACAGUCGAUUUUAAAUUUCCUAUGAGCGAUUUCGCAGCUCUUGUCAACAAUCUGGACAAAUCGAAAGUCGCCAUCACUGCUUAUGUAGGAGAGCGGUAUUUGGAUAUCAUGGAGAAAGGUUUUUCCGAAGCUCUAAUAUUUAAUUCAGGGAUUAAAGUCGAGUUUUUAGGUGACAGUCCUCAAAUUUUCAAGCCUGGAAUGCCAUUUAGAGUGUUUGUUUCUGUGUUUUAUCGUGACGGUUCUCGAAUACCAAUUGAACACUUAAGUAGACAAAAGUUGCAGAUCAUUCCCAUUGUAGAAUUCUAUAACGGCGGCACUCGGCGUUUGAACACUCGACACGAGAAGAUGUCUUUACUACAUCCUGGCAUUUGGGAAAUAGCUAUCGAUUUGCAAGCAGAGUUUUUAUCUAAAGAUGACAUCAAAGAUAUAAGAAUGAUGACAUUAGAGGCGUACUAUUUUGACGAUUAUACAUCAGAGCAAGCGAAAGCGCUUUUGAAAGUGUAUGGCUCCUUCUCUGAGACUAACAGGCAUCUUCAGGUGACGACCAGUACUCGAACACCCAGGGUGGGCGAAUACAUCAUUUUUCAUGUAAGGGCAAAUUAUUAUGUGGAAACAUUUUCAUAUGUGCUAGUAUCGAAAGGUAUCAUUCUCCUUGCUGGUCAAGAGACGAUGUCGUCCAGUAUCAAGACAUUUGCUGUCUCUCUGUCUCCUGAGAUGGCACCCACCUCGACCAUCGUCGUCUACAGCGUAGCGAGGGAAGGAGAAGUGGUGGUAGACAGCCUGACAUUCCCAGUAGAUGGCAUUUCCCGAAAUAACUUUACCGUCACACUGAACAACAAAAAGGACAAGACGGGCGAUACGAUUGAAGUGGUUGUGGUCGGAAGACCGUCAUCAUAUGUUGGAAUAGCUGCUCUGGACAAAGCGCUAUAUGAUAUGAAAGGAGGAAACGAAUUCAGCCAUGCAGAAGUUUUGAGAAAGAUGAGCCUCUUCGACGAAGGAACGAACGGAACUCUGACUCACAUCUGGAUGUCUAAAGAAGGGAAUUUGGAAGACGUUGUCCACUAUCCUGCAGCGACAUACGGUGUUGAUGCCGCUUCCACUUUAGACUUUGCUGGGCUUAUUGUUUUCACUGAUGCAAACGUUACAAGAAGACCUGAUUACUGCAAUGAAACCUUAGGUUAUUUUACUUGUCUUGAUGGAAAAUGCUAUAGAUAUGAAAAACAAUGCGACGGUUUCAAAGACUGCUCUGACGGAAUGGACGAAGCUGGAUGUCCCGAAUAUGAUGAUUUGAGAUUAAAGCAUUUUAAAAUGAACCGAAUCAAUCGCAUUCAACGAUUGUAUGACAAUUCUUGGCUAUGGCAUGAUAUUAAUAUCGGCCCUCUUGGUUAUUACAUUUUCAACGUUCCUGUACCCGAAAUUCCAACUCGCUGGAUGGUGCAAGCGUUCGGAAUGAAUACUAUUGAUGGAUUUGGAAUUCAAGACAAAUCUAUUGAAUUUUCAAGUGUCAGACCAUUUUAUAUGAAUGUCGAAAUGCCUACAAAAAGCAUGCAAGGAGAACAGAUUGGAAUUCGAAUUAGCGUCUUCAACUAUAUGUUUUACGAAAUAGAGGCGCUCAUAGUUGUUGCCAAUUCGCCAGAUUAUAAAUUUGUUCAUGUGGAAUCGUUUGGUAGAGUGGAGUCUUAUAAUCCCAGAACUUCAUUUGGAGAACACCAGCAUUUAGUUUUUAUAAAACCUGGGAAAGCCGUUGAAGUAUACAUGCCGAUCGUUCCAACUCGUUUAGGAGAUAUAGAAGUAAAUAUAAUGACAAAAUCACAGGUGGCUAAACAUGUUGUCACGAGAAAACUGCAUGUAGAAGCUGAUGGAAUACCGCAAUAUCGUCAUACUACAGUUCAGUUAGAUUUAAGCCAAGGGGCUUAUCUUAUAAAAUACUUGGACACGAACAUCACAGAAUCUCCUAUUGUACCCUAUAGGCAAGAGAGGUUAUAUAUGUUUGGAUCUAAUAGAGCCCAGGUGUCUGUUGUGGGUGAUGUCGUUGGUCCAGCAUUUGCAACUAUGCCUGUCAAUGCAAGUACUCUACUCCGCAAGCCAUCCUGGUGUGGUGAACAAAAUAUGUAUAAUUUUGCAGCUAAUUUAUACACCCUCCUGUAUCUCCGCUUGACAGGCCAAAGGCAGUCCGAAAUUGAAAAGCAAGCGUUCAGGCAUUUGAAUAUUGGCUACCAACGUCAACUCAGUUAUCAACUAGAUGAUGGCUCUUUCGUCCCAUUCCGUUACAAAUCCAGGCCAAGUGUUUGGUUGACAGCAUUCUGUGCCAGGAUCUUCCACAAGGCUACCUUCCAGGAGUGGGAAAAUUUCCUUUUCAUCGACCCCAAAGUGAUCGUUCGGGCUGCACGAUGGCUGCUGGAGCAUCAGACCCCCGAUGGAUCGUUUUAUGAAACAUCUCAAGAGCCCCUUGAUCGAAAAAUGGAUCAAUCUGUGGUUUCACCGUAUGGCAAUGUGCAAUAUAGGAACAUUUCAUUGACGGCUCAUGUUCUAAUUACGUUAUCAGAGCUUAAAGAUUUACAAGGGGAUGUUGGUUCCAAGCUUUCUACAGCUAGGCAUCAAGCUCAGAGAUAUCUGGAACGUAUGCUUCACAUAGUUAAGGAGUUACCAGAUCCUUAUGAAUUAGCCAUUGUUACAUAUGCGUUAACUAUUUCGAACAGCCCUGACGCCAACGAAGCCCUAAAUAUUCUGGAUUCGCGCAUGAGAGAAGAAAGUGGAAUGCGAUACUGGGCAAGAGAACGAGUGAAAGGCGCUACAGUGAAGAUCGAAAAUACCCGACCGUAUAUGAUUUCUCGCCUUCCCGACAAAUAUGAUGCAUCCAACAUAGAAGCUACCGCCUACGGCCUGCUUGUCCACGUAGAACGCAACGCCGUCAUUCAGAGAGAAAUCGUUGAGUGGCUGAACUCGCAAAGAUUGACAUAUGGCGGAUGGGCUUCUACACAGGAUUCUAUAAUAGCUCUGCAAGCAUUGAUUGAGCAUGCUAUACAGUCACGUGUGAGAGACGUCAUUGAUGUGAGUUUAACCAUCGAAAUACCUGCCGUUCCUGGAUUCAUCAAGCAUAUUCAUAUUGGGGAGGAUAAUUUAUCAAAGCAACAGAGUUUUGAGAUUGAUAAUGCAUGGGGUGUAGUCUUGGUCAGAGCGCAAGGAUCUGGCAUCGCAUUGGUGCAACUUUCUGUCCAAUACAACGUCGAUUAUCCACAUCUGCAAACACAGCCUCCUGUUCAGGCAUUUGAUUUGAAAGUGAAGGGCUAUUAUUAUGGAAGAAACAGCUCUCAUAUAGAAAUAAGUACUUGCCAAAGAUGGACAUUUUCAGAAGAAAGUGACAAAAGUGGAAUGGCUGUGGUGGAGGUUGAUAUUCCAACAGGUUACGUUAUAGAACAACAGAAAUUAGAUGCCUACGUCCACUCCGGGAGGGUCCGAAAUCUUCGAGAAGCUCGCUUCCAUGAAAGAAAAGUUGCCUUUUAUUUUAACUAUCUGGACCAAGAGAACACUUGCUUGUCCUUCACCAUACAGAGAUGGUAUCCAGUUGCCAACAUGACAAGAUGGCUACCUGUUAGAGUUUACGAUUAUUACGCUCCAGAACGUUUCAAUGAAACCAUGUUUGAUGUCUACAAUUUAUUCGUUUUGAGCAUUUGCCAAGUGUGUGGUUCCUACCAGUGCCCAUACUGCCCCAUUUUCAGCUGGAGUAACAACAUUGUUGCCAGUCCAAUCUUGUUAAUUACAUCUAUAUGUGCAUUAUUUUUACUUAGUCGAAAAAUCACAUUUCACAACUGAUUUCAUACAUUCGUCAGUUUCAUGAUUUAAUAAAUAAACCCCAACUGAAAAGAAUCGAUACAACCAGAUUUUGUCAUGAAAUGUACAGACUAUAUUCCAAAUUCAUGCUAUGUCACUGUGAUACGAUUUUCUGAGAUCUGCUGAAUGAAACUAACUACAUUGUAUGAGAAAAUCAUUUUUUAACAUUUAAAACUCAUAUUUAGGUUGUUAAUUUGUUGUCCAUUAUAAGGUUUGUGUGUUUUUUCUGUCAUAUUUUUUUCUCUGAGUAAUUCAUCUUUGUAUAGUUUUUAUACUGAUUAUUAAAUAUUUGUAUAUAUUUUAUUAGUGUAAUUGUUAUAUUUAAGACAAGCAUCAAAAUAUUAAAAGUAAUUUCUUUUUAUUGUUCAUUGUUUAUUCAUUAAAUGUUGGUGCUCAGUUCUGUUGAUAAAAAAUAUACAGAAUGUCGGUUUUCCUUGUGAAAAUUAGUCACUGUUAGGUUUUUGAGACUGUAUAUAAAAUAAUGAGUUUUGUUUAUUUAAAAUGUGUUUUGAUUCAUUAGUCUUUGGUAGAUGGUAUAUUUUAUGACAUUUUAUUAUCAUAUGUUUUUAGUUCAUUUUUAUGAGUUAAUUAUGUUUUUCAUAUUUUUUUGCUAGUCUAGUUGCUCCAAUUAAAAUCAUUACUAUGUACAAUAAUAUAAAACAUGAUGCAUUUUAAUACAGUACAUACUUCUAGUAUUUUUAUUUUUAGAUCUGAUUU